UGACGCUCGCAAAUUCUCGUGAGGAAGGACUCGACUCGUACCAGUCGUCCCCACAUCGUCAUACCACCAAUCACCAAGAAUCUCGCCCCGUCUCGUCCGUCUUUCCGCGGCCUGACAAUUCCAUCUAUCGAAAAAUUCCCGAUUUAGGCUCACCUUGCUAAAUAUCAACAAUAUCCACCAUGUCUACACCUGCCGAGAAUCCCCAUCCUAUUCCCCUGACAGAGUCUGAGGUUUUGAUCCGCGGCUUCCUGGCUGCAAACCCUGCGCUUGACGCUGACCUGAGCCCCAUUGAAGUCAUGACGAACCGCUACACGAACGAGGAGUGGGCGGCGCAGAUUGCGGAGACGCAGAAGGCGGUGCUGAAAGAGGUGGAGAGCGGAGAGAGGGCGCAGAAGGUGUAUGAGGGACCGAGGAUGAGAAACGGCAAUGAGGCACUGAAAGAGCUGGCAAAGACAGUCGAUCACACGGUUCUGAAGCUGGAUGCGACAAGCACUCAGAUCGAUAGCUUGUGCAGUGAGGCUAGAACAGAGGAAUUUAAGUCCGUCUGUGUCCGCUUGAACUGGGUACAACGCUGCGUCACCAACCUCAAAGGCUCAUCAGUCGUCGUAGCAGCUGUCGUCGGUUUCCACGAAGGCACUCAAGAUACCUACUCCAAGCUGCGCGAAGCACGCGCCUGCGUCGCUGCCGGCGCGUCAGAACUGGACCUUGUACUCAACCAUUCUCUCCUCACACAGCACAACAAGCCCUCUUCUCCUCAACUCAUCCGCAGCCACGACUCAGCGAUCGACAGCAUCACCGCCGCCAAUACCGCCGCCAACUCCGGAUCCACCGCUGGUAGCGACAAGGAGAUCCCAGACUACAGCGCCAUCUACAGAGAGCUCGCUUCGAUACGAUCCCUCUGCCCCUCCCCAGUCGUAAUCAAACUCAUCCUCGAAACCUCACAACUCAACCCCCAGCAAAUCCUCGCAGCCUCGCACCUCGCAGCGGCCGCAAACUUGGACUUCAUCAAAACCUCCACUGGCUUCAAUGGGCCGGGCGCCUCGCUCCCCAACGUGCAGCUCAUGGUCGGUGCGGCAGAGUACCUUCAUAAGAUCGGCGUCAGCAAGAGGCAGAUGCAGGUCAAGGCGUCCGGUGGAGUCAGGAGUCUGGAGGAUGCAGUCAAGAUGCUGGAAGCGGGUGCGACGAGGCUCGGGACGAGCAGUGGGCUGUGGAUUAUGCAGCAGGCGAGGGAGAAGACUGAGCAGGCGAAGGGUGGGAAGGGGGAGGAGAGGCCAGGGGCGACGAGGUUGUAUACUGAUGAUACUGUUGGUGGUUACUAAUUGCGGUUGGUCGAGCUAGGAGGAUGUGAGUUGCAGGAAAUGAAUGUCAGAGCUGAUAGAACGCUAUUGACCUCCUCGCGCACUGGUUCAAGUGGAAGUGUUGUUUAUUGCUUGUGGUGGAGGACCGUUGAUAUAUCGUUGUUGAAAUC